AUGUUAUAUCAAUUUUGCCAUGAUUUAUAUGAUGUUACAACUUUAUCAUACGCUGGGAAUGACCUUAGAUUGAGAUAUGAAAAAUUCUUGAGUUAAUGUCUGCCUAAAGUACGCCAAGCCUGCUUUUCCAAGGGCCUGCAACUUAUAUCUAGAAUGAGCAUACAAGUACAUCUGCAUGUUUGAAUUUUAAGUCCUACCUUUUUUCUGUUGUGUUGGCAUAUCCUCAUGCAGAUUAUGCAAAGCCGUGAUCCUGAAGUGAGCGAAGACACAGAGAAUAGUUUUGCUGAGCUGAAGCUACGAGAAGCUGAAGCUUCGGAAAGUCAGCAGCGUGCUGACAUGGCACUGCUUGAGGCCAAGAAGAUAACAUCCCAAUAUCAGAAAGAGGCAGACAAAUGCAAUUCCAGGAUGGAAACUUGUGAAGAAGCAAGGGAAAAGGCUGAAGCAGCUUUAUCAGCACAAAAGAAACUAACCGCAAUUUGGCAGAUAAGGGCUCGGCAGAGAGGAUGGAAAGGAGUUGCCAAAACUCUGACUCAAUCCCAGGAAAAUGUUCCAGUUGUGUGAAAAGCUGAUGCCUCAAGUAUGCUGUCUUGCGAAUGGGUACACGACACAUUUCUCUAAUUUCCAUGUCCGACCGCAAAGCGGGAUGAAGUUUUUAUGAAUUUGAUCAACAAGGUUGAACUAUCUGAUCCGUUCUGAUUAAUUUUAAGCGUUGAAGUAUUAAUUUGUUUCUUGGCUUUCAACAUGGCCAUUUGUCAGCAAACCAUUGCCCCAUCCCUAACUGUUAAUUAACUGGGUUCCACUUGUAAGAGCUUAAGAGUAGUUUUCAUGUCUGCUGUUAUCAUAAAAUGCCAAAUCAAUACUGGAUUAUAUUUAAAAGCUAAAAGGAAUAUUGUGCUUAUUGAUGUAGCCCUAUUUUUGGACAAAAAUAUAAUUGGAUAAGAGUAC